GAAAGAAGGCUAGAAUGAUCAAAGAUGAGACUGAAGGAGCAGAGACAAAGUCCAUGACUUCCGCUGCCGCCGCAGUGCCUCCCUCCGCCGCUUCCCUACCCCCCACCUACUGGUGCCAUGAGUGCGACAUGAGCAUCACCCUCCUCCUCUCUCAAUCCCCUCUUAUCUGUCCCGGCUGCUCCCGCUCCGAUCUCCUUCGAGAAAUGGAAUUCAACUUUCCCCAGUCCCUUCCCCUCCUCCUACCCGAAUCCGAUGACGGCGGCGGAGAUGAAUCGAUCCCACUCCUCCCUCCACCCGACCCAGAUCGCUCCGGCCUCUAUCCCGCCUCAGCCGCUUCCAUCGACGCCCUCCCCUCCGUUCUCAUCUCCGACACUGACGAUCGAUCCCUCCCCUCAUGCGCUGUUUGUAAGGAUGAAUUCUCCCUCCACUCUUGCGUUCGCCGCCUUCCAUGCUCCCACCUCUACCACUCUGAUUGCAUCGUACCUUGGCUUUCCCUUCACAACUCCUGCCCCAUCUGCCGCUCGCCACUCCCAUGCUCUGAUGAAUCUUAUGGUGGCGCCGGAGGACCGGUCCGCAGCCAGGUUGUCUCUGCGGAGGGUGUUGGAGACGAUGAAGCGUUUUUGCUGGCGCCCAAUGCGGCCAAUGAUGGAGCCACAGUGCUGACGGCUGCCCUGUGGCAAGUGAGAAGGUACCGUCUCUUUCGCCCUCCGACAUCAGAGGCCAUGAACGCGGCUCUUUUUGAGAUGGAACAGGUUUACGAAGAAGAGCUGGCUGAUAGUGGGGAGACGCUCUUAUCAGAGUGCCCAUUGGAAAGGCAUGGAGAAGCCAUGGGAACUAGGAAUGGCAGUGAUGACACCACCAUGAUACAUGAGAUCAGUGAGAAUUUUGCUUAGCGCGAAUCCCUGUUGGCGAUUCUCGCUGUGUAAAGACGAGCCAGUCUCAUGAAGUCGACUUCAAUGAGCUGUGCAAUUUGCUGGUUCUGGCUAGCACACUUCAAUGUCUGUCACUAAUUAGUGGUCUAAUCAAUUGUAUAUUAUCUUCAUGGUGCGAGUCAUUCGACAAUAAUUUCAGAUAAACUGGUGAAUUGUAUGUAAUGCUGAUGCAUUCUCACUUAUUUGAAACUUUAGAUGGUUGUAAUGACUUCAUUGUAUAUUUGGUGCACUGUUGUUGUCAGUGAAAAGAGAAAUUGAGAAGAUUCGAGUUUCAGAAAUUA